GGGGCCUUCGCCGCUGCGGGCGGGCGGGCGGCGCGCUCGGGGCGGCCGUGCAAAACUCGCGCGCUGGUGCUCGCCACGCUUCUGCAAAUUUCGGAGGGAGGCGCCGCGCGUGGCGGUGGCCGCGCAGGGGCUCCCACUGGGGGGGGGGCGCUUUGGCCGAGGCGCACUCUUUGGUGCUGGCCGCGAGGGACACACUGAGUGCCCUGGACCGCCACAGGAUGUCGAGAAGGAGGAAGAAGAGGAAAAGGAAGAGGAGGACCCUUCUCGAAGGGAGGGAGGUGGAGAGCGAGGCGAGCUUGCGGUCACAACGGGCGCGGCCGUCUUUCCCGGAACCAGGCGCGGAGGACGAGGGCGCACACGAGCAGCCCGGCCCAUCCAGCGGCGGCCGCGGGCGACGAUAAAUUCAAGGGCGGCGGGCUAAGAGCCGUGGGUUCUUCGGGCGGGACCGUCCCCUC